AAAACUUUGACCUGCAUGCGUAUUACUGUGCAGCCCUGGAAAAGUUAUUGGAAAUAUUAAUUAGGCAGCCCUGGUAGCGUCUAAUUUACGUAUGUAUGCGUUUCAUUUGUAACUGAUUUCAACGUUAUUCGAUUUAAUUUUGCAAUUUCGAACAUGAAUGUGGACAAAGCCAGAGACGAGAUGCUUGAGAUGUCCGAGCAGGUGUGGAAGGAUGCGGAGCAGUGGCAAAGAGGUAUCCACAAUGGUCAGGCGAUCAUGAGGCAGAUCAGGGCCAUAUAUCUUAAGCUCUUCACCGCGGAGAACAAACUGAACAACGCGGACUCGCGUAAGGGGCUCCAGUCCACAGAGAAACGGUUGAAUUACUUGUACCAACGCCUCCAACGUCCGCUCGCCACGAUAGGCAACAUUUUGAAAGCCCUGACCGGGAUCAGGGACAACACUGCCAGGAUGUUGAACCGCUUGACCCUAUUCAUGGACGAUGAAACACUGGCGCAGCACAGGAUUCGGCCCAAGCUCGAGAGUUCCAAGCUCCUGAUGAUGCUGCAGUUCCUAAGCCACCGUUACGAUACCGAAUGGGAGGUCAAGGAAAUGGUCGUGAACGACUUGGAGAGAAUCAGCAACUCCUAUGAACUGGAUCUUGCGAUUCAGUGCUGGAGCACUUGCAGUCACGCCGGAGGUCCGGAGUUCGCCAAGAUGAUGCGCGAAUAUUACCAGAUCAUUGAUCGCCGGCAAUCUUUUUGAAGACCUCCUGAAACGAAGUUAAGUCCUUUGACGAGUAUCUCAAUAGGGUUCAUUACAUGUUAAUCCACUAGUUUAAGAAAAAAACUUAAAGCUUUGAAUUUGAUGUUAGUUUUAUUUGAAAAAUGGUUUUUUAGUUUGUAUUUGUUACCGCCUGUUUGCCAAACAAAUCAAUAAUCUGUAAAGAAAUUACAAAAAAUUUGUUGUUCCUUUUUGUGUCGGUUUUGCUUUGCACAUUUAAAAUUUGACCCUCUUUUUGACCUUUGCUAUUUGCUCAUCAAUUUUGUUCUUGUUUCGUUUCUGACUUGGUAGCAAAACAAAACUUAAUUGUAAUUUUACUACAACAACAUUUUGUUUUUGCCCUUUAAUUUAAUUGUAUAUAUUAUAUAAUAUGCAAUUCUGUAGCUAGAUUUUGACAUUCAUGUUCUCGUACCAAUCUCGAUAUAUACUUGUAUAUAUAUAGUGUGUGUAUGGUGUCUAUAACAUGCGCUCUUUUGUUUUAUAAACAAAUGUCCGUGUUCACUUCAAAUUGCUCCACGUCCUCCGAUUUUGGGGAUUUUCUUUUCGGGAUUCAUCGAUCGAAUGUCCUCGAAACUAAUUUAACUUAAUAAUUGCAUACUAGGCUAGGCUAGUAAAUGUUUUCCUCGCCAACGCUUAAUGCACUUUUUUGUUUGUAUUUUCCUUUGCUUUGUGGUUUCUUAUGUUUUGUGUUGUUUGUUUAAUUUUUAAUUAGUUCUCAAGCCUGGAACUUGCCCUAAAUUAACUUUACAAUGAACGUGUAUAACUUGUAGUCGCUCGCAUUUCCUCAACUUAAUCUCCAAGUGAAUUGUGGUUGUUCUUAGUUUAAUCUAAUCCGUAUUUAGAAAAUGUUCAACUCGUAAACUGAGUUUUGUUUAUUAAAAAACUGUUCCCAUUUUGGUUUUAAAUCCAUAUCCAUAUAUAUUUUUUCCAUUUGUUUUCUAUAUUUUUUUUUUUUGGUUUGGUUUGCUAUGAAUGCUUGUUGUCAAUUGUUGCAGUAAAUGUUUCGAGUUGGUUUUCAUAUUUAAUUUUUCCGUUUUCAUGAAUCAUUAAACAUUUGUUGUGCUUUACACUUAAUUAUUGCUAUAAUUAUUUGCUUUUAUUGGCGCCCGGGCUUUUCGGUUUCCCGGGAAAUGAGUGAGAGAGUGUGUGGCAACUGAAACCUUAGCUAGGAAAAACUCGGCAAGCACGAUAAUAUCGAUCUCUAGAAAAUGAUUGUAAGCGGUUCCUUAUUUACAGCGGUGCACUUGCGUGAUAUAUAGAUAUGGGUAUUCUACGUGGGAUCUGGGCUAGUUGGGGCUCUGAGCGAUAGGAUACGGAUGCGGAAUACGGAGGCGGAAUCAAAUGAAAUAAUGAUGAACAAACAGGUUUGCAAACAAGUUCGGUUUAUUACACAAAUAAAAAGAAUACUAAAUGAAAUCGAAACUACUUAAAAGAUACGCGUGUGUGGUGUUGUGUGUUUCUAUGUUGGUGUUGGUGUUGAUAAUUACUAGAAAACGUCUUUGUAAUCGUAGGUUUUGUGGUGUACACAAUUUACGCUAAUUAAAA